AUUAUAACAUUGGUGUUUAUAUUACAUUGUACUUCGUAAAACAAUUCAUCUUCGUUAACCAGAGGGACAUUUGAUGUGUUAUGCAUUAAAUACAUAUGUUUGAAUGCGUGUAGUUGUACUUUUGCUUGCAAGCUGUGCACUUCCGGAAUUGGGCUGCCUUUUCAGUAUCAAAGAGUUUGACUUGCUACGCGUUAGCUAGCUAGCCAGUAAAGCAGAGUCUUGUUUGUAAUUUUAGCUUGAUAUGCAAUGCAACUGGGCCAUUUUAAUACAUGUGGUGCACAAUACUGAACUGAUGGCAAAGUGUGGUCAACAAGCAAAAUACUUGGAUUUAAGUGCUAGCCCGACUGGAUAAUGUUAGGGUAAUUUAGAAGAUAUAUGCGUAUCUAGAGCUAUAUGGAUCGCUAGCCACUCAUACGGGAACCAUGCUAGCCCAAUAUCGUCGUCUCCCAGUCAGCACAGCUAGUUAAACGUAGGUGCUUGCUAGCAGUAGCUAUAUUUUUGAUGGCGGCGCUAUUUUCAGGCCGCGCUCAAACAGUUUUUUUCACUCGUGUACAGUGUUAGCGAGUCAAGACUUAAAGAAACAGUCUGUUUCAGAAACUGUUGUGGCUAACGACAACAUGGUCUUAGUCCGUGGAAUAAAAUUGAAUGCAAAACUGAAAGCUUAGCUUCUGAAACAUUGCGGACAUUAACUGGACCAGCAGUAGCAGCUGGGGAUAAAGCUAAGUCGAAACAUUAAGCACAAUUAGCAUAUUUUGCAAAGUUUGCGGGAGAUGCUAAUGAAAGUGCUUGCAGACCAGCUAGCAAAUUUGUUUGCUUUGCUACGUCCACUAUUUAUCUCUACUUCCACGAGUUCCCAGUACUAGCUUGGCCCCAAUUUUAAAAACCAAACGCCCGUCUGUGGACCUGUUCCAUCGAUGUCCAAUGGUCGCUUGCAUUGCCAGUUACAGAUCAGAAGGACAGUAUGGCCACUACUGUUGCUGUCAGUCCCAGCGAAUACCUCCAGCCUUCUGCCACCUCCACACAAGACUCCCAGCCCUCUCCUCUGGCCCUCCUGGCCGCUACCUGCAGUAAAAUCGGCCCCCCUGCCGCCCAGGCCCCUGUCAGCACUCCUCCGGCCCAGCCCACCACCCGCCGCCUGCACCCCAUCAAGCCAGCGCCCAUUGCGCCAGCGCCCCCCAAGAACGCCCUGGGCUUCCUCUCGGCCAAGGGCAAUGUGAUCCAGCUGCCGGCGGGCCUGGGCGCCUCGGGCUCCAGCCCCAUCCUGCUGACCAUCCAGAGCCCCACGAGGCAGGCCGCCGCCCCGGCCAACAUCCAGUACCAGAUGAUGCCCCAGAUCCAGGGGGCGCAGACCAUCCAGAUGGUGCCGCAGGGCAGCCAGAUCCAGCUGAUCCCCGGCACCAACCAGGCCAUCAUCACCACGCCCGUGACGCUGCCCACCGCCGCGCCCGCCCCGGCCCAACCUAUCGUCACCAUGGCAACGGCCGCCCCCCAGAAGACUGUGGCGAUCAAGCCGUCGACGCAGAAGCGGCGGCAGAACAUGGUGCGGUUGCCCAGCGGCCUCACGCUUCCCCUCAACGAGACGGGCGCCACACAGGUGGUCACGGAGACGCAGCAGGUGACUGCACCACAGCCGCCGCCCGUUAAGACCUCCAGGAGGGGCCGUAAGAAGCAGACGCCGGUGGCCGCCGUCACCCCCACCCCCGUCGCCCCUCAGCCAGCCUCCCCCUCCCCUGUGCCCGAGCAGAUGGAGACGCUCCUUAUCGAAACCACAGCCGAUAACAUCAUCCAGGCGGGGAACAACCUGCUGAUCGUCCAGAACCCCGGCUCUGCCCAGCAGGUGGUGCAGCAGGUGCAGCUGGUCCAGCCCAAGCAGCACGAGCAGCAGCAGCAGCAGCAGCAGAUGGUCCAGAUCCCCUCACAGGCCCUCAAGGUGGUCCAGGCCGCCUCUGCCACACUGCCCCAGGUGCCCCAGAAACAGCCCACCCAAAAUCUGCAGAUGGCACCCACCGAACCCACACAGGUGCUGAUUAAGACGGCCUCAGGUGAGUGGCAGGCGGUGCAGCUCCAGGAGACCACCGUCGCCCAGACCCAGAUGGCCCCCGUCACCACCCACGCGCCCACCAUCAUGAACACCUCUGUUGCCACGGCUACCGCCCCCAAGCGCGCGCUGGCAGCAGGGGUGCGGAAGGAGCGUUCACUGCCAAAGAUCGCCCCGGCGGGCGGGCUGAUCGCGCUCAACGCCGCGCAGCUGUCUUCGGCCGUGCAGGCCGUGCAGACCAUCAACAUCAACGGGGUGCAGGUGCAGGGCGUGCCCGUCACCAUCACCAACGCCGGAGGCCAGCAGCACCUGACCGUGCAGACGGUGCCUGGGGGCAGCCUGCAGCUGGGCGGGGUGGCGGGCCCGCAGGUGGAGCAGACGCUGGCGCUGGAGCUGCAGAGCCAGCCUGGCGAGAAGAAGAGACGCAUGGCCUGCACCUGCCCCAACUGCAAGGACGCCGAGAAGAGGCCGGGCGAGCUGGGCAAAAAGAAGCACAUAUGUCACAUCCCGGGCUGCGAGAAGACGUUCCGCAAGACCUCCCUGCUGCGGGCGCACGUGCGCCUCCACACGGGCGAGAGGCCCUUCGUCUGCAACUGGGUCUUCUGUGGCAAACGGUUCACCCGCAGCGACGAGCUGCAGCGGCACGCACGCACACACACGGGAGACAAGCGUUUUGAGUGCUCACAGUGUCAGAAGCGCUUCAUGAGGAGCGACCACCUGACGAAGCACUACAAAACGCACAUCAACACCAAAAACUUAUGAGCUGGUGCCCUCCUCCCCUCCCCUACCGCCAGUAUAGACACGCGGCCGGCCGGUCACUCUCACGCCCGGCGCGGUGCUCUGGACGCCGCUGACCGCGGAGACUGACCUACAGACACCAGCAGCAGGGAACGAGGAGUCGCUCUGACAGGGGGCGGCGCGUGGGCUGUCCGAGCGGACGGAUGUCAAGUCCGCUGUGCCCGGCCUCCGCCCACCCCACUCCCCCCACCCCCCCCCUCCCCCGUUUCCCAUCCUCCUCCAUGAAGGUGGUGCCACGCGGAUGACCGACGGCGGUCCCCUUCCCUGGCGUGAGUUCAACUCCCGACGCUGGCACAGAGAGAGAUGAUGAUGAUGAUGGAGGCCAACGUACGUGCAUUAUGUGUUGGAACCUCGGUGUUGCCAAAGCCUCUGAGGUCUGUGUCCAAGCUAUCGGGUCAUUCAACUCCGCCCCCCCCCACCCCCCCCACCCCACCCCAAAAAAAAGUAACUCAUGCCCUGUGCCACGCCUCGAGUCACCUGCAAAGUGGGUGAAGAGUUGCGAAGGUGAGUUGCGAAGACCUCGUCAGGGCGUCACCAACAAAUACUCCAGCCAAAAUGUCCCUGCAUCCUAUCAUUUUCUCAGUGUUUUAUUUAACAGAAGAGGCAUUGUUUGUUUGUUUGUAUUUGUUUUCUCUGUGUUUUGUUUUCUUACAUUCAUAUGUUGUAGUAAUCCCCAGACAUAACAUGUUGCUUAUAUGUGUUCUCUGUUGUCUGUACAACCAUGCAUCAGUAUACUCAAGUGUGAGUAGCCCAGGCCCAGAUGUUGGUCAUAUUAUCGAUUUUCAAAUUCAAUGCCUAGUUUAAAUUCUGGAAAAUGUUGGCAUUUUGUAUUGGCUUACAUUGUUAACACAUGUUGUCAAAAAAGACAACAUAAUUCCUCUUGAUUUGUACUGACCUUUUGUUCAAUUUUUCUAUGAUGAGACAAUCAUGCAGGGGGAAGUUCAUGCAGAGAGUGUUUUUUUCCCUAACAGUUAAAGGGCAAAUAAUGCUUACACCUCAUCGCUGUCCGCCUAGUGGAAUAUAUGUAGUGCCUGUUUACGUAAGGGCCACUGCCCAUAGACUGUGGCGUUUGGUAUAGCAGGGGUCGGACACCCCAGUAGUAGAGGAGGCCAUGAAUCCUCAUUUCAGUUAGUUACAAAGCACAUUUGUUUCUGUGCUCAUUCCCCUGACUAAGGUGUAUAGAAAACCCCUGAAAAACACACCUGAGACCAGUUUUCAGUUUUUAUUCUUUAUUUGUUUUGUUUCCUCUGUAUGAAUCGGAAUCUCCCAAUGAACCCACAAACGUUUGACACAUUGUCCCUCCCCCUUAUUUAUGCUAAGUGAUUCUCACGACAAAAUGGACCAUUCUGAUGCUUGAAUGGAACAUAAUGUGGUUCAGUAUUCUGUAGUCAGGUGAACAUGGUUAACCGCUGAGGGGGUGUGACUGGUGACAGUGUGCUGUGUGGCGCUUCCUGUCCGUCACACUCUGCUGAAGCACGUGCUCCUCUGGUGACCUGCCCAGGAACCUCAACAAGAGCUCGGUGGAUAGGAAAGGCCCCCUGUGCAUAUGGAUGUGUGUGCUGUAAGUCUGUAUUUGUAUAUAUUGUGUCGGAUUACGAUGUCUGGAAAUUGGUUACGAAUGAGCCUCGUAUUUUGGCUGCGCAGGCCAAAGGAAUCCUGAAGGAACAUGGACUCUGUACAGUGUAAAUGAGACAAACCCAUGAAAUGAAAAGGAAUAACUUGUAUAGCUUCAUUCUUGCGCAGUGUGUCACCCCUUUUUUUAUUAACUAAGAAAAUGUUGCCUUAGACCGUUGCAACCAGUAUUUAAUGAAAUGAGAUUUUCAGUCUAAUUCCAGGGAACUGCAUUUGUAGAGUGGCGUUAAUAUUAUUUUUUAUUAUAUUUCUUUUUGUCUAACUUAUGUUGUACGAUGCCAGUUGAUGUGCACUGAUUACAGCCCCAGUUUGUGUGAUUUUGUUCUUUUUUUCUAAAUAAUAGUUUGACCGUUUCAGCUUCAUAGAGGUCAGACUGGUCAGACACAAAAUGGCUCUGAUUUCUGGGGUCAAAAACAUAUCCUCCCCGAGCCUAAAACCCUUCUUUGUCUAAUGUGAUGGACUACAGUCUAACUCCCUAUUUGCUCUCUCUGAUUCUCAUGUCUUCAUGACUCUUACUGAGGUGCUUACAUUUGAGAGCUUGCUAUAUAUUUUUUGUAUAAUGUCACAAUCCCCGUCCCCCUCUCCCUUCCCCCAAUAAAGCAUUCAAACCACA